AAUCAGGUGUGGCAUUGCAUGAGUAACUGCUGGGGAGGGAGCGAGCAGCUGCCAGAGUUCAGACAUCGGCUAAUAAGGAGGAAUGUCUGAGAAUGUGCCUUAUACCAUUGUUAAAUCUCUUGUGAGGCCUCCACAGCUUCCAUCUGGGCCCACUUCCCAGGUUUUCAAGCAGGAAAUCAGUUUGCUGAUAAUCCCAUGUUAGGGAAGCCAGGAUCUGCUCUGAGGGGCUGUGUAGCAAUGUGCAUUUAAAGCAAUUCCAUGCCCAGCAGCUGCCCCAGGCUGUCCCUCCCAUAUCCUCUGCAGACUCCCAGCUGGGCAUCUGGAAUGCACACAGCAGCUCCAGCUUUCUUGGCACGGACAUAAAACACAUUUAGUCUCGGCUUGAUCCAUCGAUUUUGGGUUUUGCCUAGUGAAAAGGGAGACUUGUCAAUGUUUUGGCAGAUCUUACUGGCGGCAACUGUAACAGCCCCCUUGGGCAGCACCUCAAGCCCUCCGAGUGUGAGCCCUGAGCUGAGCCAGGUAUGGGGCCCCGGGCUCAAGGCACAGUUAGUGCUGCCAGCACGUUACUUCUUCAUCCAGGCUGUGGAUACACAGGGGAAUAAUUAUACGUUUUCAGUGCCGACGAAUGUGUUUCAAGUAAAGAUCACUGCACCUGGAGAGCAAUAUACAAGAGUGGGAGUCCAACUCCUUGACAGAAAAGAUGGUUCAUUCAUUGUCAGGUACAGACUGUAUGCCAGCUACUACGACCUGCGGAUAGAAAUUACAGCACAUGGCAAACAUGUUGCAAAAUCUCCUUAUAUUCUAAAAGGUCCAAUUUAUAGUGAGGACUGUUUCUGUCCUGAACCAAACAGUGACAUCUGGCUAGCGCAUAUGUCAUGUAAUGAGUCUAUUCCACAAAUUCAGAGGGAUUUGAAACACUUCCCAACUGUUGAUCCAGACAGGAUUACUGUAGAGAUACCAGAAAGAUUUGGUGAGCGCCAGAGUUUGUGUCAUUACACUAUCAAGAACAACAAGAUCUACAUUAAAACUUAUGGUGAGCAUGUCGGCUUCAGGAUUUUCAUGGAUUCCCUUCUUCUUUCACUAACCAGUAAAGUAAAGGUUCCGGAUGUUGAAUUUUUUGUCAACUUGGGUGACUGGCCCCUGGAAAAGAAGAAAUCUGGAGACAUUCACCCUAUCUUUUCCUGGUGUGGAUCCUCUGAUUCUAUGGACAUUGUAAUGCCUACAUAUGACUUAACAGAUUCCAUUUUGGAAACAAUGGGACGAGUGAGCCUAGACAUGUUGUCUGUCCAAGCAAAUAGUGGCCCUAAGUGGGAAGAAAAGAACAGUACUGCCUUUUGGAGAGGGCGUGAUAGCUGCAAAGAGAGACUUGAGCUUGUGAAGCUGAGCAGAAAGCAUCCAGAAAUGAUUGAUGCGGCCUUCACCCAUUUCUUCUUCUUUAAACACGAUGAAAGCCUUUAUGGUCCUAUUGUGCAGCCCAUUCCAUUUUUUGACUUCUUCAAGUACAAAUAUCAGAUACUAAUUGAUGGUACAGUAGCAGCUUACAGAAUGCCAUAUCUCCUUGCUGGAAACAGUGUGAUCCUCAAGCAAGAUUCACUAUACUAUGAACACUUUUACAAUGAACUCCAACCCUGGAAGCACUAUGUGCCUUUCAAAAGAGACCUCAGUGAUUUGCUUGAGAAAAUUCAGUGGGUGAAAGAUCAUGAUGCAAAGGCAAAAAGGAUUGCUGAAGCUGGAAGGGAGUUUGCAAGAAAUAAUCUCAUGGGGGAUCAUAUAUUCUGCUACUACUUCAAGCUUUUCCAAGCUUAUGCAAAUUUGCAAAUAAAUGAACCAAAAAUAAGAGAAGGCAUGAAAAUUGUGGAGUUUUCUUCAAAUGACUUAUUUCCAUGUGAAUGUAAAAGAAUUAUGGGGAAGGAUGAGUUAUGACCCAGAACUAUUUAAUGAAUCAUGAGGAUCCACCUCACAGAUGUCAAUUUGAAUAACUGAGGACUGAAAUUUAAAGAUAAUGAUACAAAAACCCAUUUCAUGAUUUUAAAACAAUAGUUCUUCUAAAAAUACAAUUCUUUUACAUGGUAUUGACAAGGAUUUUUAUGUUUCAUAAGGACGUUAGAGUAACAUACUAUAUCAUUGCUAAAAAAUAUCUGCUAAUAAGACCAAUGGUAUAUCAAUUCCAAAAGGCUUUCAAGAUGUGUCAGAAUGUGUCUGUUUCACUGGCUUUUAGUACAUAUAGUAAAUGUGGCUUACAAAAUGCACAGAAAAUACAAGCACUUUACAGUAGGGAUUUAAAAUUAAAAUAAAAUGAAAUAGCUGAAAGGAUGCUUCAGAGAAAGUCAGAAAAGGUACAAAAUACUAGACAUUUAAACUGGCCAUAGACGUAAAGAUUAUAGCCUGUGUCUGAUGAAACAAUCGUCUGUGCUAAUCUUCUGACCUGCAAAUAACCAUUCAGAUUAAUAUAAAGUAGUAAAGAGAACAAAUCACACAAUGCUCAGGCCAUUAAUUGACAGACAGCAAUCUUUCGAAAGUUAUGUCCAACAAACAUUAGUGACAAUCUCCCAUUGAUGCCGACAGAUAGUCAAUGCAUGCAGAGAUUUUAUCGUUAGCCAAUAUACAUUUCUUAACCUGUCCGAUCGACUGAACAGCUGAUCGCCAUGGUACGAAAAAUGUCGGGACACUCUACACACUGUCCAAAAAUCGUAUGAGCAGUUGUUUCGUACGAUGGAAUCUUUGCAUCUAUGGCCAGUUUUGGGAUGAUGCAGCUUUAUUUCAAUUGGACUAAACCAGAUGAGGUGAAACAUUAUAGUAUUUACUAUUCUCAGGAAAGUGGGAAGUUGUGAUCAUGGAGUAUAAUUGUAUGCCCAUAAAUUGGAUGAAAUUUCAAGUGCACUUAGAUGAAAUGCACAAAGGGAGCCCUGCACAUAGCACCCAGUCAAUGGCAUAUAUAAAGAAAGCAAAGACCUCAUUUGUUGCUACUGUUAGCCGCACCUGUGCAGUUUUGCGCCUAUGUUUGUUAUUAAGCAAUCAGGUAUAUUCCCUUCCCCAUCAGUAUUAGGAAUUUUUGAGUGGAUUUACACUUUGACAAAUGAAGAUAAAGCACAUUGAUUAAAGAAAACACAUCUGCUUACUUUAUUUAGGAUUAGAGCAUAUGGCGGGGGGCGGGGGUUGACUAAAUCACUGCCGGCUAUUAAAUGUCUUUAUUUUAAUGAAAAGAUGCUUGCAACUGUAAAUAUCACUUUCUUUUAUGACAAGAACUGAAUGUAUAGUCUAUUUUUUAAGUACUGCACAUAAUUUUACAAAAUAAAAACUAUCCAAUCUU